AUUUAGACCCGGAGUUACUUAAAAGCGAACAAAAUUGCACACUUACUAGAAAAUCCGUUGCACCACCAACCACCGUUAUCGGGUGGCACAGCGGAUCGUCUUGGGGUAGAAUUUGAUUUCUACAACGUGGCCUCCAGCAAGGUACACCCCAGUCCGGGGGCAGCGCGCAGUGUUUGGGCGCUGCCCCUGACUGCCUCCUCGUCAUGCAACAUGGAGGAAGAUGGUCAUGCUCAUGGCGACAUUGAUAUUGACAUCGAUCAUCGUCCGCACUCGCCGCCUGGCGCCAAUGGCGGAGUUUCCAACGGCGAUAGCAAUGAGCAUGAUAGCAAUAUGCUGCUAUUUGAGGGAUUGGAUGGCGCUACGGUUAACCUGGAUGAUAUCUUUGACAUUAUCAAGAACGGUGAAGUUAGCGAGGUGGAGAACCUAGUGGAAAAGUUUGGCAUGGAAUGCUUGUCGGCCAGAGAUCGUCAUGGCUACACGCCCGCCCACUGGAUUGCGCUCAAUGGCAAUGUGCAGCUCAUGCGCUAUCUAAUCGAACGCUCGGCGCCCAUUGAUCUGCCCUGUCUGGGCACCCAAGGUCCACGGCCCAUUCACUGGGCUUGUCGCAAGGGACACGCCUCUGUGGUGCAAGUUCUGUUGCAGGCGGGAGUGGCAGUAAAUGCGGCUGAUUUCAAGGGUCUCACGCCUCUACACUUGGCCUGCAUGUAUGGACGCACUGCAACAGCUGCCUAUCUCCUGGGCAUGGGAGCGCUCAAUAAUCUGACGGACAUCAAUGGGGAUACGGCUCUGCACUGGGCGGCAUACAAGGGACAUGGCGAUCUGAUGCGCCUGCUGAUGUACUCUGGCGUGGAGCUGCAAAAGACGGAUAACUUUGGAUCAACACCAUUGCAUCUGGCCUGUCUGUCCGGGAACAUUAACUGCGUCCGUCUGCUCUGCGAGAAGUCUCAAUUGGAUCUGGAGCCGCGUGAUAAAAAUGGCAAGACGCCCAUUAUGUUGGCACAGGCGCAUCAGCACCAGGAUGUGGUGCGCUUGCUUUAUGGAGAAGUCAAGAAGAAGUCACGCUGGAUGCCAUCUGUAUCGGAGAGUUGGGGCUGGCUCUUUGGCGGCGCUGGGGAUUCCAAGGGACCGCUGUUUCUCUUUCUCUUCUCCGUGCUGCUCUGGGGAUAUCCCAUGUACAUGAUACGGGCUAUACCCAUUACCUGGAAUAUCUUACGACGAUCGCAUUAUUGCUUCAUAUACUGGAAUGUGGUCAUGUGGGUUAGCUGGGCCAUUGCCAACCGUCGGGAUCCCGGCUACAUACCCUUGAGUUCCGAUGCCUACUACCGUGCGAUCAAGCAAAUCCCGUACUUUGAUAAACUCAAGAAACGGAAUGUGAUGCUGACCAGGUUGUGCCACAGUUGCCGUUGCCUGCGUCCGUUGAGAGCCAAACAUUGUCGCGUCUGCAAUCGUUGCGUCUCCUACUUCGACCAUCACUGCCCCUUUAUCUACAACUGCGUCGGGUUGCGGAAUCGCAUGUGGUUCUUCCUCUUUGUGCUCUCGGUGGCCGUCAAUUGUUCCUUUACCAUUUAUUUUGCCUGCUACUGCGUCAUGAUCGAGGGAUUCACACUCUUGUAUGUGCUGGGACUUAUCGAGGCUGUGGUCUUUUGCGGAUUGGGUUGGAUACUCACCUGCACUUCGAUCCUUCAUGCCUGCAUGAAUCUCACUACGAACGAGAUGUUCAACUACAAGCGGUAUCCAUAUUUGCGGGAUAAGCGUGGCCGUUAUCAGAAUCCUUUUUCGCGUGGUCCAAUACUGAAUCUGCUGGAGUUCUUUGUCUGCCUCCCCGACCGAGGAGAUGACAACGAUCUGCUGCUUGAGGAUAACAUUUGAUUAAGAAGCUAGGAGCGCGCUCUUUCUCGCCGGCGCAAGGUGCCCGUGCGUGGAUAAUAGCGUCAGUCACCGCUCAAAGGAGGCGGCUGUGCUUUGAUUUUGCUCCAGGCUUAAUGCUUACUUGAUAGAUCACAUCUUAAACCGACACUCCAAUCGGUGUGAGUUGCUAAAUGCAUCUUUUUAUCAGAUUUACAAUUGCAAUUUAUAAUAUCCUUGCAAAGGAAUUCUCUCUUAUAAGUUCUCACGAAAUGCCUUCGGGAAACUUUAAACUAAAUAGCGUUAGUAAAUUGUAAUUAUUAUAAUUAUAAUAUCCAUAAUUGUAGUUUCCAUAUAUCAUAGAUCUUUUAUAAGAACAAUAUGAGGACUCAGCUGCAAGGAUAUUUAAGCUUCGGUGCUUCGAAGAAUGCUUUUUUUUAUCUUGUUAUACUUAUCUAGCAUAAAGAAUAUAAGAAUACGCUUCUCUUGUUAUUUAAUUUUUUUUGUACAAAAUUGUUAUGUAUAAAACGUUGUAUUUAAUGAAUCUCUAUAUUAUAUAUACUUAAUAUAAUUAAUAAAAAUGUAUGUAAAAUG